AGUCGGAACUGUACUUUCGUAAGGCUCACUCCAUCUCUCUCUCCCAUCGCUUCUCUUCUCCCCAGAGCGAACCAGAAGAAUCGAAGCACCAAACCUAAACCCUCCGAGAGCGCAACAAUGGCAGGCUCAGCCAUGGUGUUGGAUCCGAAGCCCUUGCCGGAGCCACCGGCAUCGAUCCCCUCCAUAAGAUCCGACCUCCAGGGCUACAUCGAGCAGAGCCAGGCCUCCGACGAGGACGAUCUCUACAGCCGCCUCAAGUCCUACCAGCGGCAGCUUGAGUUCAUCGACAUCCAGGAGGAGUACGUCAAGGACGAGCUGAAGAAUCUGAAGCGCGAGCUCCUCCGCGCCCAGGAGGAGGUCAAGAGGAUCCAAUCGGUGCCGCUCGUCAUCGGGCAGUUCAUGGAGAUGGUCGACCAGAACAACGGGAUUGUGGGCUCCACCACCGGCUCCAAUUACUAUGUUAGGAUUCUCAGUACCAUUAAUCGGGAGCUCCUCAAGCCUUCCGCUUCCGUCGCCUUGCACCGCCACUCCAAUGCCCUCGUCGACGUUCUGCCUCCGGAGGCCGACUCGAGUAUUUCUCUCCUCAGCCAAUCCGAGAAGCCUGACGUCACCUACUCUGAUAUUGGAGGAUGUGACAUUCAGAAGCAAGAAAUUCGAGAAGCAGUAGAACUGCCGCUUACUCACCACGAGUUAUACAAACAGAUUGGAAUAGAUCCCCCACGUGGUGUAUUACUCUAUGGUCCACCUGGAACUGGUAAAACCAUGUUAGCAAAGGCUGUUGCUAAUCAUACAACUGCUGCCUUCAUCAGAGUUGUUGGUUCAGAAUUUGUUCAGAAGUAUUUGGGAGAGGGUCCACGAAUGGUUCGUGAUGUUUUCCGUCUUGCUAAGGAGAAUGCUCCUGCCAUCAUCUUUAUUGAUGAGGUGGAUGCUAUUGCUACUGCAAGGUUUGAUGCUCAAACUGGAGCUGACAGAGAAGUUCAGCGAAUCCUUAUGGAGCUCCUUAAUCAGAUGGAUGGGUUUGACCAGACAGUGAAUGUUAAGGUUAUUAUGGCUACUAACCGAGCAGACACCUUGGAUCCUGCACUUCUGCGUCCUGGAAGGCUUGAUCGAAAGAUUGAGUUUCCUUUGCCUGAUAGGAGGCAGAAAAGACUUGUUUUCCAGGUUUGCACUGCUAAAAUGAAUUUGAGUGAUGAGGUAGACUUGGAAGAUUAUGUCUCUCGGCCAGACAAAAUCAGUGCUGCUGAGAUUUCUGCUAUAUGUCAAGAAGCAGGAAUGCACGCAGUUAGAAAGAAUCGGUAUGUCAUACUCCCAAAGGACUUUGAGAAGGGUUACCAAACCAACGUGAAGAAGCCCGACACUGACUUUGAAUUCUACAAAUGAUCGGUGCUGGAAGCUCAUAUUAUAGUUCCGUUGCUCGGGUUUAUAUAAGAUGCUUUGUUAUGUUUAAUUUGCUCACAAUCACCACGCAUCCGGAGAUAUUGGUUUCGUUCCUUUGAACAAUUGUAGCUCAAUGUAGGGAUGUCCUGUACGACAUUCCCAGUUAUUGUGGCGAUGAUGUCUAACUUCGAGCUAUGGAGUGGUUUUAUUUUCUACUUGUACGACAUUCCGAGUUAUUGUUUAGGGAAAACUGUAACAUAGUAAUACUGAAAUUUACUUUCGGUUCUUACUGUUUGUAGUAGUGAUGGCACAUUUUGCAGA